AUGUGCAAGUCUUCACAGUGCCGCUGCAAACCGGGAUUUUGCGCGGUGAAUGGUAUUUGCAUGGAGCGCACAGCUCAUGUCACCGACACCUGCAACCGGCGCACUGGGGGCAGCUGCCGCUUUUUGGGCUGCUCCUCAUGGCGAGGAGCUGUUGACUGCAUCGAUGGGGCAUGUGUGUGCCAAGCAGGCUAUUGUAGUGCUGAUGAUGGCAGUUGCCACAAGCCCAAGCCUCGGAUCAAAGCCAAGGUGGUCCCUGUGAAUUUGCAGUCCCAGGUGUUCCCUGCCGCGCAGGUGAACCUUCGUACGGGAGUGUGCUUCAGCGGGGGUGGCUCUCGCGCUUUGACGGUCACGAUGGGUGUUUUGAGGGCCUUGGAAAGCUUGAAGCUCAUUCCACACAUUGACGCGAUCUCGAGCGUGUCUGGUGGAACUUGGGCCUCGUCCAUCUACAUGUUCGCCAAAGAUGUCAUGACGUUGAAUGGAGGAAGCAAUCCGCAUGACCUGUGGAUCGAAAGCUAUGCGAAAACCGUCUUGGAGUCACUGCAAAUGUCGCCAGACUUCACGGGCUCGCCAUUCUAUCCGAAGGAUAGCCUUGUGCAUUACAAGGGGGGCCAGUCUGACAGAGAAUUUCUGGUUGGCGGCGGCUUUGUUGAAAGCUUUGCCUUCGGCGGUUCAUCGCCUUUGUCGGCCCAGGGGCAAAUGGGAGGAGAUGCAGUUGAGAUGGAGGCGCCUCCAACAUCCUUCAGCCUUGCCGAUGCGAUUGGCAUCAGCAGCGCUGCAUUUGCGUCGGUGCUGGUGAGUGCGGAAGAGUAUUUGCCUGUGAAGGACGUGUGGCCAGUGUCCAAUGAUUUGCUUGAUAAGUUUGGAUAUGCGGCUGAAAAUCCGGGCGAAUACCUCAUCUACAACCAGGUGUUUCAUGCAGAUGAGCUGCAGCCGUUGCUUUGUGAGUUUCAGAGCCCUGGCAUGAAGAAACGGAUGGCGAGCGACGCCAUGGUGGUCCAGCGAGACUUGGAGGUGCUUGCCAACAGCAAGUGGGGUAUUGAAGGCAACUGGAGAGUGUUGCUUGGCACGAGGUCUGUGGUCUUUGCCUACUUGAGCAGCCCACGGCGCUUUACCGUAAACCUUCCGCCCGAGACUCUACAGGAGCAGCUACAGACAGCUGUUGCUUUAAGUGGUGGAGGCACCAGAGCAAUGGUGGCAGCGAUUGGAGCUCUUCGUGGGAUGGAAGAGCUACAGUUGAUGAGCCACGUCGAUUUGUUGGUUUCGGUCUCCGGGGGCAGUUGGACGGCUGGACCCUACAUGUUCGCUCACAUGAGUGACAAGGAACUCUUGGGAUCGCGCACCAAGCCGUCCGAGGCAUCGCUUCCGAUGUCCACAACAUAUUUUUGGUUCAGAGUCACCGUCCCACUGCUUGGCCCAGAUCUCUUGAAACAAGCCUUCUUCAACCAUGAUGACCCACAUGGAAUUUGGGUCAACACCUUCAACAAGAUCUUGUUGGAGCCGCUGGGCCUGGGCAACACCAGCAAGUACAUGGCUUCUGAUGAGCAGAGCCUGCAGCGAAUUCUUCAAAAUAAUCCUCACUUGCGAAGAGAGGACUUCAUUCUACCUCCAAUAGAUCGACCAAGAGCAUUCGUCAUGCUUGGCGUAUUGCUUGCUCCCCUUGGUCAUGAAUCGGAAGACGACACAGUGGUGUCAUUGCAGAUGUCGCCGGACUUCUCAGGUUCUCCAUUCUAUCCUGGAGGCCACGGCAACAUCAAGUACGACGAGGAAUCCACGAAUUGGUUCACACGGGCCGAUAUUCCGGCGCUGAAGAUGGUCAUUGGUGGUGGCAUGGUGGAGACUUUCGCCUUUGGAGGCGACACACCCUACGACCAGAGUGGCCAGUCCGGAGGACAUGGAGUGAAGAUGCCAUCGCCCUCGGAGCCCUUGAGCCUCGCUAAGGCCAUUGGAGUGAGUAGCGCAGCCUUCACUGCGAUGAUCUCUCAAGCGCUCAACAACUUCGGAGGACAAACCAUGCAGGCGUUGAUCCCAGUCACCACUAUGUGGCCCAUCACUUCAAGAACACAACCUGGCCCCAAGGCUGCAGCCAAGUUUAAGAUUGGAGAUGGUGGACACAUGGAUAACUCUGGCUUAUUGCCAAUUCUGCAGCGCAAGGUACCAAAGGUGGUGAUGUUCGUCAACACAGACAUCCCAAUCAGCUUAAAGUCGGACCGCUGA